UUAAAUUAAAUCAUGUUUUUAAGUCAAAUUAAUUUUUUAACAACAAAAAUGGCAUUCUUCGUAACGAGUACUCGAACAAGAUGUUUUAUAAACGAAAUUGCAUGAAAAUAAUAUAUGUAUAUUUAGACACGUUCUAAUACAUAUUUUUUAAAGCCAUAAUAUCAAAUAUGAUUUGAAACAUGUUUGCGAAUAAGGAGAGAAAUGAUUUAAGAUAUUGAAAAUAUUACUUUAAAUUAUGUACAAACAUAUAUAUAGAACUAACAAUAAGUAUCUUUGAUUAAAGCAUCAAAACGUCUAAACAGUAAAACACACACAAAGUCAUGGCAUCGAGGUAAUGUUAUUAUAUAUGUUUUGAAACGAAAUCAGUCACAGCUAAGACGCGAAAGUGUACUGGUAAUAUAGAGACUGAUUUGGAUGCGAUAAAACGAACAUUUUAAACUUUCAUUAUUAUAUAUAGACAUUUAUUUUUCUCGUCUAGUUUAAAUAAAAAUUUAAUAAUUAAAAAUGUAAUAAGACUUUUGUGCGGUACUUUAACAAAAGAGUCAAGACAAUAAUCAAUUCAUUAAUGAAAAUAAGAGCAUAUAACGAGAAUCGAUAGAAUAUAACGAAAAGAAAAGACAAAUAUAAUUUCUGAAACUUCCUCAUAUUGCGAGAAUAUAUUUAUCAAGGUUCUGAUAAUAUUUAGGAGACCUGUGCAAAUUUGAUUAUCCGCCGGUUUCUGUUCAUCGUUACAUCAGUUCUGUAAAGAAGAAAUAUUUUAAUUGGAUGGCUAUAUUUAAAAUUUCCGCACCAGGUAGAAUUGUCUUAUCCGGGGAACACACAGCAUUAUAUGGAAAAAAGCAUUUCUAACAUUUACAGAACGAAAAGAAAGGACAAAUAUAAUAAUAUUCUCUGUAAAGAAGAAAUAUUUUAAUUGAUAGAAGGAUGGUUUGUUUUAAAAUUUCCGCACCAGGAAGAAUUAUCUUAUCCGGAGAACACAUAGCAGCGUAUGGAAAACAGUUUCUUGCGACCAGCUUAAAUCUUCGUACCACUCUCGAAUUCUGCGAGCUACCUAAUGAACCAAAAAGCAAUAUUAGAAUAGAGCUCGAUAAUAUUAAUUUAAAACGAGAUAUAUCUUUCGAAGAUGUUAUACGCUUCUUUCUUUGUUCUGAUGUUGAAAACAUAAUUUCAAAUUCACUGAAUUUGCAUGCAUACGUGAGACACUGGGCCACCGUAAAACGUAUGUGGACAACACACCAGGAGCUAUUUAGUCUACAGAUAUUAUUUUUCUUGCUUUAUUCUAUUCGUCACUGUGAACAUCUCACGAUAAGACCUUUUUGCAUUAAAGUGUGGACAGAAUUACCACUCUGCGGUGGUCUUGGCAGUUCGACGUCGUUCGCGGUUUGUCUCGCAGGAUGCUUUCUCCAUUGGCAGCGUUUACAGAGUGGUUGUAAUCAUAUUGAAUUUAACAAUGCUGAAUUAGAGUCGAUUGUAAAAUACACUAUGUCCUGCGAAAAAAGUAUGCUAGACUAUACAUUUGCGGAGGUCGAUGCCCACGUUUGCACAUACGGCCGAAUAGUAAAAUGUCAACGUAGCGAUUACCAAAUAUUUAAAAUAGAUCCAACGGAUAUGGCAGAAAUGAAAAUUUUACUGAUUAAUACAAAUUUUCACCUAAAUAAGUACAUACGAGCGGAACAAAUGGCAACGCUAAACGCUACGACUGUCGAUUUUCAUUCCAUAUUACUUGAAUUAGAAAUCAUGGCAUUAAAAAUGUAUCAAAAUCUUGAGUCACUAAGUAAGAUCAUCAGACAGGGCCAUUUAUUUAAAAUUCCUCGUGAAUACAAUUCAACGAUUUCUCAAAUGAUGUUAUGCAUUAAUGUCAAUCAACAAUUGUUAAAUAAACUUCAUUUGUCGGCUGAAGCAUUUGAAAAUGUUUGCACGAUUGCAAGGACGUAUAAUUUAGCGGGAAAACUUACAGGUUUUGGAGGUAAUUAUGUAUUCGUGCUGAUACCACCGAACGUUAUUGAUGAACAAAUCAGUAAUUUUACGCAUCAAUUGAGUGCAAACGGUUUCAAUAUCCAAAUUAGGACCAUCAUCAAUUGUGGUAGAGUGAGAAUUCAUUGAUUAUAUUAAACUUACCGCGAUUAUAAAUGAUUAAAUUGUAACAACAACCUAAAACCUUGUAAAAGGAUGUGAAAAGAUUAUUCGGAAACAAAAUUUCUAAAUGUUUAAUUUUUCAUUAGGCAAUAACGUUACAUAAUUCAUGAGCGUAAAUUAUUAAACACGAUGUAAAUCUCUCAAUUAUCGUAUGUUCUACUUUUUAACAAAUAGGGAACAAAUUUAAAUAAAUUAUACAUAAAAAUAUUUUCGAUAUAUUUUAGUAUUAUUGAAACAAGUGGUAUACGAAAAGAUGAAUUUAUUUUAUUAAACAUUCAAAGGAAUUUACGUAUUUUUUCAAAGAAAUUUACACACUUUUUUCACUUUUAACUUCAUUAUAUUACGAUAAACUUCAUUAUUUAACUUGUAAAAAGAAAUUGGAAACAAUAAUAAAGAUAAUAAGGUAUUUGUCAAAUUGGAAUAUGAAUUAUGUUAUUUUUUGAAAAAAUAACAGCAAUGUUCUCUUUUGCGCCAUAAAUGUCUAUAUGAAAAUUACUAUAUUGCAAAGGCGUAAAUUAAUUACAACAAUUAUUACAAUUUGAUUCGCACAAUAUCUAGAUGUUGUCUAAAGUAACAAGAUAUGAAUUUUUAUUUCCUUUCCUAUAUCUUCAGUCUCAUGUAUUAAAGAUGUAACUAUUCAUAAAAAAAUAUGUAAUUAUUCAUAAUAAUGAAGAAAAAGAUAUGAAAUCGUACAGCUUCAAUAUUCUCGAGCCAAAGUUAAUGAAAUAUAUUAUUUCGAAGUAAGCUUUCAUAAGUGAAAUCUGUAAAAUAACACAGACUGCGAUAAUUUCAUUUUAUGUUAUAUUUUAAUUAUUUACUGAUU